AUGGUCAGCCAUCUUGCUCUGGGCUAUGUGUGCUGCUUGCUCGCCAGCGUUGCCUACGCGGUGAACUUUCUGCCUGUCAAACGGUACGACACGGGCGAUGGGAUCUUUUUCAGCUUCGCCAUGUCUGUGGGGAUCUUGCUGGUGGGCCUGCUCACAGGCUUAUUGCAACAGGAGCCUCUGGAUUUUGAGCCGCUGGCAGCCCUGGGUGGCGUGAUCUUCACCGUGGGCAACCUCCUAUGCCCGGCAGUGAUCCAGCUGAUUGGCUUGGGGCUUGGCUUGACGAUUUGGGAUCUCAGCAACAUGCUCACUGGCUGGGUCACCGGUCGAUUCGGUCUCUUCGGGGUGGAACGAGAGAUAUCGGAGAAGCCUUUGUUCAACUACAUUGGACUCGCACUGGCCUGCGUUUCCUUGGUCUUCAUGUACCUGGCCGCACGCUUCGACACCCCGAAGGACCCUUCUGCAGACGUCGAAGCCCCGGACGAGAGCAAAGCGGAGAAGCACGAGACUGGUCCUGAGGGAUCCAUGCGGCUGAUCAUGGGCACAUCCAUGGCGGUGCUCGCCGGUGUUCUGUUUGGCACGAUGUUCGACCUGCCGCAGGAUCUGAUGCAGGGGCGCUUCGGGCCCUCCCACAGCUCCCGGGCUCUCGACUAUGUUUUCAGCCACUUUCUGGGCAUCUUCGUGACGUCUGCUUUGGCCUUGGCCAUCUACGUGGCUAUCCGACGGAGAAGGAGCUACAUUCCCUUCAGGAUCGUGUUCCCGGCGAUGUGCUCGGGCAUGAUUUGGGCCAUCGGCACUGUGGCUUGGUUCGAGGCCAAUGGUGCACUCGGCUUCUCAGUGACCUUUCCUAUCAUCAGCAGCCUGCCCAGCAUCCUUGCCCUCCUCAUCGGCGUCUGCUGCUUCGGAGAGCUCCGAAGUUGCAAGAGCCGCGGCUUUGCGCUGGUGGGAGUCCUGAUCCGCUUGCCCGGGGUGGCGCUGAUCGCUCUUUCCAGACUCUGA